AUGUGGAUGUUCUUGUACAUUCUCCCAGCUCUGGUCUCAACCCACAUGAUUGAAGUCGUGGCAGGGAGGAAGGAGUGCUUCUUCGAGGACCUUCACGUGAAUGACAAGAUGACAGUAACAUAUCAAGUCGGAGGAGGGGGCCAUCUUGACAUUGAUUUCUGGCUUGCAGAUCCAGACAGCGUUGCUCUCGCGAAACAUCUAAGACAGAGCACAGGGACAGCUUCAAUCACAGCAGAGAAAGAUGGUCGGCACGAGUACUGUUUCUCGAAUCAAAUGAGCGCUGUAGCAGACAAGCUCGUUAGCUUCAAUGUACACGGCGUUAUAUAUAUCGACGACGAUGACACCGUUGCGCCCAUCGAGCGGGAAAUUCGGGCGCUCGCCAACGGUUUGACAGCAGUGAAAGAUGAACAAGAAUACAUCGUCCUCCGGGAGCGUAGGCAUCGAGACACAGCAGAAUCGACAAAUUCCCGAGUGAAAUGGUGGUCUGUAUUGCAAACUAUAGUCCUGGUCGCUGUGGUUGCAUGGCAGGUGUAUUACUUGAAGUCGUUCUUCGAAGUGAAACGUGCAUUCUGA